UUUAUGAAUUCAUGUCAGCUUUAAAUGAUUAUAAUCUAUCAAAAUAAGAAUUUCCUAUGUUUAUACCUACAAUGUACACUGGAUAUCGGACAGGAGAUUAUGCAGGCUGGAUUAAGAUUUAAUCCAAUGUGCACGUUUGUAUCUUUGAAUAGGGAUUUGUUUUCUAUAAAUUUUACCUGAGACAAGCAGCAUUUCAUUUAGAGUAUUAUUUUCUAUAGCAAUCAGGAUGAAGAUACUAGCUUUUUCAUUUCUUUUAAUAUUUUUUCGUCCAGGCGAUGCAGCAUAUUCGUACGGUCUGGAGAACGACCUUAGAACUCUCCUCUUUACCACCAACAGUUACAACAGAUUCACCCGACCACUUAUCAACGUUCAAAUAAGCGCUCAACUGAACAUCAUGAGUCUAAAUUCUCUGAGUAUGAAAGAUCAAAUGAUGACAUUGGCAGGAUAUUUUACGUUGGAAUGGUCUGAUGCUCGCCUGGACUGGAGUACAAACCCGACAUACAACUCUGACGUCCCAGUAAUUUACACUUCACAGGAUUAUGUGUGGAUUCCAUCGCUUGUCGUUUCAAAUUCAGUUGAUGAUCUUGCAGUUAUUAGCGAUGACACGGUCGUCAUCCGCGUAACCAACGAUGGCACCCUCAACUGGACCCCAGGUGGCGUGUAUGAGACCUCGUGCUCGACGGACGUCACAUACUAUCCCUUUGACACCCAGGUCUGUAGCGUAAUUCUCGCCACAUGGGGAUACACAAGUAUCGAAAUCACUCUGAACGGAACAGGGGUGGAUUUAUCUUAUUAUGAACCUGACGGGGAGUGGGAGUUUAUAUCUAACAGCGUAACGACGACCACACGUACGUCAGGACAGAACAGCAUGCCACAGGUUUCUUUCGAAAUGAAGUUUAAGCGAAGACCCGCCUAUCAAGUUAUGAAUACGAUCCUUCCAAUGAUGCUUUUGGGCUUACUUAGUUGCUUUGUAUUUCAUCUUCACCCUGAUUCUGGAGAGAAGAUUGGGUAUUCUCUCACUACACUCCUCGCCUUUGCAGUAUACCUUACGAUCGUGUCUGCUGAAAUGCCAACUACUUCCCUUCACACGGCUUACCUUUCUGUAUACCUGGUCAUUAUGCUCACUAUGGGAGUGUCAGCAGUUCUGCUUUCUCUGUUUAUCAUCAAUUGUCACCAUACCAAAGAAGACAAACCAAUUCCAAACUACAUCGAAAUCCUUUGCUCUGCCUCGAAAAAAAUUUCGUGCAGUAAUUGCUGCAAGAAAAAUGUCGUAAAUGAUAUGGAAAAAAGUGAAAAGUUGGAAACUGAUAGAACGGCUGUUGACGCAUUUCAACCGGAACUUACAUGGUCGGAAGUGGCUACAAUUUUAGACCGAUUCUUUUUUAAGUUAUAUUUGAUCGUCUUCUUUGGGCUGACCAUCAUUGUGCUUUUGAUACUUGUUAUUCACUACUACAUUGUCUAAUACCGAUAAUUCAUUACACCAAGUGAGCACAUCAUAGAUAUACCCGGUAUAACUUAAUUACAGUAAGGAUAUUUGGAAUUCCGAUAUUAAGUUUUCUUUGAUCACAAAUGUUUCUGAAAGACUCUCUUUCAUCUUGGUGUAGUAGAAUUUAAAAUGAUGAUCAUGAAUCAGACAUGUUUGUCUCAAUAUUCAAAUAUCUCAAUUAUUCAACAGGGGGUCAUAUAGAGUUUCUGAGUAAGGAUAUUUAUGUUUGUUAAAUGUGGCCUUUAUAUUUUAAUCAAUGGCUAGUAAAAAAUCAACUGCGGCAAGUUGUUUGUCUCUUCAUAUGGGCUCAAUGCUGUAUGACAUUCACAAUGACUAUUCGUGGCCUUAUGAAUUUUAACCAUUGCUGGUAUUCUUAUUGGAGAUGUCUCAAAACCUUCUAGAGAUAGGUGAAAUUAUAAUGAACAUAAAUGUACCUCACACAGUAAUUUGUUUUAAUCAUUACCCAAAAUCUGUUAUUGAAAUCAAAGAAGGCUUAAAGUUUAGCUUAAAGGACCAUAUAUGAUAUGGGCCUAAAAUGGCCCCCUAAAAUGAACAUUAUCAUUUUACUAUAAUUCUUUGUUUUCUUAGUACAGAUAUGUAUGUGAUGUGUUUACAUAAUAUUCAUUUUGGUUCAAGUGCCCACAAUUUAGAAAUAUGACAUUUUAAAGAUAACCUUUUCCCGCCAUUUUUUGCAUUUUUAGCAUAAAACUGCUUGUUUUCAAGUUUUCCUUCCGAAAACAUAGAGUGCAUGCUUGAACUAACAAAAUGUUUAAUCAGAGAUGUAUCUAGCCAAGACUAAUAAAUGACAAAAAAAAAAUUCUUGUUCAAGCAUUCGCUCUACAUUUCCCAUUCGUAAAUAGAUAAGAAAAAUGUCAAUUUUUGGCUGAUUUUGAUUGAAUUAUAGAAAUCGCGUCACUUUUGACGUUAUAUACUGCCGGUGAGUGCAAAUAAAUCAAAUAAAUAGAUGGAAAAUAUAUUUUAUAUCAACUCUUCUAAAAAAUAAGUACACAUUUUAUUGUACCCGAAACACUUAAAAAAUGGCAAAUUAUGGGGGCCAAAUUUUAAGGGGCAUGGUCACGAUUUUGGUCAAUUUUUUUUCUGUUUUUAUUAUUUGCAAUGCUUUAGGAAUGCAUUUCUAAUGAUCAAAUUCAAUUUGGGUGCCAGUCGUUGAGUUUUAAGCAAGAUACAGGGCUUACAAUUCUUCGUCAUGUAAACAAGGCUCGUGCCCUGUUUUUGUUUACAGAAGUUCAAUAUACCAUUAAAAAAAUCUUUUUAAAGCUGGUUUGUCUAUCUUAUUAUUCAUUUUAAGCAUAAGUAAACGGUUCCUAACGAUUAACACAUUCAUUUUAGGUCUAAAACUGGAAUUUUCACUUCAACAUUCAAAAUGUAAACAAACGCUUUGUUUACAUAGCGAAGAAUUGUAAACUCUGUAACUCGCUUAUAACUCAUCAAAUGACACUCAAAUUUUGGUUGUCUAUUAAAAAUGCCUUACUGAAGCAUUCUAAACAUUAAAAUCAAAAACAUAAUUUUUGACCAAAAUCGUGACCAUGCCCCUUUAAACUCUUAUCACAUAUAGUUCUUUGGAAAGAUUUACCAGGCAUAACUAAGAAAAUAAUAAUAAACAAUGUUACAUUUCAUGCUUUAACUAUACGAGCAUCAGCCAGAUGAACGGGUAAUAUAAUAUUGAUCUUCAACAAACUCUUCAAAAGUAAUGCUAUGAAUUCUUACAAUAUCAAGCAACUUUUAAAAAAAAUCAAAUUAAAAGGUUUUCUUACUCUACUUUCUUAAUUUCCUAAUUUCCUAAUAUGCCAUUUCUUUUAACUGUACUUCAUGAAAACCUAGGUGUUCGAAAGGAAAAUACAAGUUAUUGUGAGAAGAAUAGUAUGUUAGUAAAGUUUACAAUCUAUUCGUAUUCAAAUUAUAAAAUAAAAUUCUAUGAACAUUAUAAAUG